AUAUCGGUAAAUUCAGAAACAUGGAAAUUUUAACUGUAUUGUACAGUUUGAUUCUCGCAUUAGUGCUGCAAACAAAUGCUUUGUUUUUAAAAAUAUCCGAGCAAAGUGCUCGUAUAGUGAAUGGUAAUGGAACUACUAUUGAUAAAGCUAAAUAUGUAGUUAAUCUACGUAUCGGUGAUUCCUUCAUUUGUGGUGGUUCUUUAGUGGCACCAAAAAUUGUACUUACUGCCGCUCAUUGUGUGGAUUGGUAUAGUGCCGCUGAAUUGUCCAUAGUAGGAGGAGCUACUUAUCGUACAGAAAAGGGUAUUAAACGUUCUGUCUCAAGUAUACACAUACCAAAUGAAUACAACCGCCCAACCAUGAAUAUGGAUAUUGCAGUAUUGGUAUUAUCUAAACCCAUGAAAGGAGCCAAUAUUUCAACUAUAGAAUUGUGUAAAACAAACUGCAAUGCCGGUGAUGAAUUGUCGGUUUAUGGCUGGGGUCAAAUUGACGAAGACAAUGAAACAAAUCAAUUAAGGACCGUAAAUGUACCGGUAGUAGAGCAGAAAAAAUGUCGAGAUAUGUUUGAAGGCGAUAUAGAAAUAACGAAUGCAAUGCUUUGUGCUGGUGAUUUAAUGGGAAAAGGUGCUUGUUUUGGUGAUUCCGGUGGACCAGCCGUAUUUAAUGAUCAAGUAUGUGGUGUGGUAUCGUGGGGUUCAGAUUGUGCUCAUAAAGAUUUACCGCAUGUUUAUGCAAAUGUUAUGUAUGCUAGAGAAUUUAUAGAUGAAAUAAUGAAUAAGUAUGAAAGUUAUUAAAGGUCCAACUUUUAAUUAUUUUAUAUACAUAUUUAAAGUAUGUAUUUUUCAUUAAUUUCAUAUUUUAAAGAUAUAUUUAAAUAAAAUCUAAAUAUUAUAA